GAUUCAUUUUUUCCCUCUUCCUUGCAAUUAGGAAGCAGAGAAACAGUAACACUACGGCAACUGAAGAGAACGCCGUCGUUUGAAGCUCCGAACACCGAAUAUGGAAGAAAGAGGAAAUCAGCUCAAACACGAAGAAGAAGAAGAAGAAAUCGUUUGCUUAGACGCAUCUUUCUUCGUCGAUGACAAUUACCAGCUGACAAAAUUCACUUUCGGUUCGCAAGAUAUUCAUCUCUUCUGUCUGCAUUCUGCUUCUACUGAUUUUGAUUUGACAGGGCAGUUGGUUUGGCCUGGAGCCAUGUUGUUGAAUGAUUAUCUUUCAAAAAAUGUUAAGAUGCUUCAGGGUUGCACGGUUAUUGAGUUAGGUUCUGGUGUUGGUAUUACUGGAAUACUUUGCAGCAGAUUCUGCCAUAAAGUUGUGAUGACAGAUCAUAAUGAAGAAGUGCUUAAGAUCUUGAAGAAAAACAUAGAGCUGCAUUCAUGUCCUGAGAAUGUUAGCUCUAUUUCUCACGAACUAGUGGCAGAGAAACUAGAAUGGGGGAACACUGGUCAGAUAAAUGAAAUAUUACGAAAACAUCCUGGAGGUUUUGAUUUCAUACUUGGAGCUGAUAUCUUCAUACGCUUUCAGCAGUCAAGCAUACCUAUGCUUUUUGAUAGUGUUAGACAGCUCCUGCGGGCCAGAGAGGGCAGAAAGUGCAAAUUCAUUCUAGCCUAUGUAUCAAGAGCUAAGACCAUGGAUUCGAUGAUUAUCAUUGAAGCUUCUAAGCUUCGGAUGAAGAUGAAAGAAGUAACUGGAACUCGGUGCAUUGUUGGGAAUCUUGAAGGAGUCGUCUUUGAAGUUACUCUUGAAUAAAGCAUUAAAUAUGUUGGAUUUUGUUUUCAGAAAUAGACAUUACAUGUGACAACGAAAAUUUAUUUGGGGUGAGCAAUGCCUGGUGUUUCUAUUUCCAUUCAUAGCUAGUAGCUACUCUGCAGAAAGCACGGUGUUGAUGACUCAGGCACCAUGGACUUUAUGAGGAAGAUAAAGAAUAUGCAAGAAAAAGAGCAUAUCUUUCUUCUCUUUCUUCUUGAACAGAAGGAAUCUCAGCCUAGCUCCCCCAAAAUAUGAAAUGAUGAAGUUGCUCCUAAGGGUUUUUUAAA